AUGUUUUAUUUAUUUACAUUUCUUGUCUAUGCCUACUCAUACAUAAUAUAUGUAAAUGAGACGUAUUAAGUUCAAUUAACUCAACUCUUUGGCUACCUUGAAAAUCCUACCUAUAGUAUUCCAGAAGGCAAUCCUUAUUCUACAAUCAUACCCUAAUAUCAUUUAUAAAAUGAUUCACAAAAACACAAUCAAAGUAAAUUAUACAAAAUAAUACUAGAUGCGGAUGUCAUAAUCAGUGUAAAAGCAUAGCAUUAAUUUGGACAUUGGACUAACCAUUUCCUCUUCUUAGAAAAUAACAAAGGAACAUUUAAUGUUCAUUACUCAGAAAAGUAUUAUAGCUUUGAAAUAUCCAUAGUCCACAAGAGGAAAAUGUUGCCACACCUAAAUUUAAUGAACAUUUGUAAGUCACAAAUUUACCAAAUAUGGUUUGUUUCGAUGCAGAAUAAUUUGAUUCUUUUCACUAUAUUGUAGAUUGUGCACUUUAAAUAACUGAUUAACCAUUAACCAAUAAACUGUAUGUUCUUGCCAAAGAUCAAAAUAUUAAAGAACAUCCUGUAACAAAUCCUCUUGAUUAUAAAACAGUCAGAAAAAGAAAAAUUGCUAUAUCAAUUUAAGAUUAAUAGUAUUAUUUGUUUUAGGGAUCUCUAUUUUAAUCCGAAUCCAUUAUUUAGAUUUAUAAAAUCCUUACUCCUGCUAUCACCUUUGAAGAAUAAUCUAUUGAAAUUAAUACUAACAUUAUAAAGAUUCUAUUUAAGCAAUAACUUUAAGAUUCCUAUAAAUUUUACCUUUUAGAUUAUAAAUUAGUUUAUAAUCAAAUAUUUAUAUUAGAUAAUCUUUUUGUAGCAGCUAUGAGUUUUGAUAAAUAUGGGGAUUGGUCAUCAACAUUUUUUAUUCAAUUAUCUGGUAAAAUAAUAGCCUUUGAUUAUGUUUAUUUUAAAGAUGAUAAUGGUAUUUAACAAAGUGCACUUGUUAUUCUUAAAGAUACUACAUUUGAUCUCUAUUUAAAUUAAUAAGGUGUCAUUACUUAUUAAUUGCCAUAAAAAAUAUCUACUAAUUCUUAAAUAAAAAUAUCUGAUCAUUAUAUAAUUGUUGAAGAUGAAAAUAUCGUUUAUUAGUAUUCUAUAUAUAAUUAGAUAUUAAUUAAUCAAAAGACCUUACAAUAAAUUAAUUUCUAUUUGAUAAAUCCAGUAUAUCCAGAUCUAAUAUCUAUUAGUUACAAUUUAACCAGAAGAUAUUACAUUAGUGAUGGAUAUCUAUAAAUAAAGUCAAAUACUAUUGCCAUAGAUAAAACUACUUUUAAUAUUCAAGCCAUAUCUAAAGGAUAAACAUAUACUAAAGAAAUUAAACUUUAAAUUCUUAAUUAAAAUGAUUUUAAUCUAUAUUUUAAUGAUAAAUCUUAAUAAAUUAUUACUGAUGUAUUGGCAUCAAUUAAUUAUACUUAAGAUGUUACUUAAUUUAUGAGUGGCCCAGAUGUAUAAUUUGUAUUUGAAAAUUAAGGUGAUGAUUUAGAUAUGGAAUUUCAAAUUCUAGAAGAAAUGAAUAUAGCAGUUUGGCCAAAAGCAUAAGAUAUUCACUUUUAAGAUAUGCUCCAAUUUAAUGAUACCUUAGUGUAUGUUCUAUUCUAAUUAAAAAAUAAAGAAGUCUAAAUUUAUAAUUGUAAAUAAAAUUCAUUCUCUUUAAUUGAAUAAUGUACUCAAUUUGUAAAUUCAAGUAAUUUUAGUAGAGGUUUCAAUGUUCUAGUUGAUUAAUUACAUUUUUAAUGGUGGAUAGAUAAUAAUUAAGCUUAUGUAAUAUUCUGUGAUUAAAAUACUACUGCUGAAUUAUGGAAAAUUAAUGAACAAGAAUUAAUUUUCAUUAAUAAAAUAACUUAUUUCUAAAAAAUUACACAGCUCCUAGAAUUAGAUAGAAUUAUAUAUAUUUUAAUAGAAGAUUCUAAAAAGAUUGGAAUUUACAAAUCUGUUGAUGGUAAUCGUUUAGAUUAAAUUGAUGAAUAAUCUGUAAGAAAUCUAGGAAUGAUAAAGAAUUGGAGUCCAAAAAAACUAUUUGGAAAUCAAAAAUAUAAUGGUCAUUUACUUUUUAUUAGAAAUUCUGAUAAUAUUUUAAUCACUACUUAUACUGAUUAACUUAAUAUGGUUGAAUGUAUAUUAAAUAAUGAAGAUGUAUAAUUAACUAUGUACAAAAGAUCUUUCUUUAUUAUUAAAUCAACCUAAAUAUUAGAAUACUCAUUAGAUGAUUUAAAUAAUGUUUAUCUCAUUCGAUAAUUAUAAGUUUAUGAUCAUCAAUUCAAGAAUCCAUUAGUAAUUACAUAAUCAGAAGAUAAUGGUCUUUUAUUUAUUUUGACAACAUAAUAAUAAAUUUUAGUAUAUCAACCAUAUUCUGAAAAUAGUAAUGAUUAAUUAUUCAGAAUAAUUGAUGUUCAUUGUGAUGAUAUAUUUAUGAUGUCUGCAAGUGGAUAUUAAAAAACCCAUUUAUAUUUUAAUAAUGGAACUCAUUAAUUCUAUUAUGCAAUUCUGAAAUAAUCUAAAUUAUAUAUAAAAUCAAUAAAUCUAAAUACUUUUGAUUAUUAUGUUAAUGUAACUAAAACUUUAACAAUUUAAAAUUCUUUGCAUUCUUAAAAAAUCCAAGAAACAAUAUUUAUUUUAAAUUAAAAAUAUCCAAUUUAAUUAAGUUAAUAGAAUGAUAUAUAAAUUAAUUCAUCACUUCAGAAUGCAACAAUCAAUUUAAAUUAACUCUACAAAGGUUAAGUAUAGAAUAUUAGUAUCGAAUGUGAUCAAUGUAAGGAUAUAAUUAAAUUAAACUUGCCAAUUUAAAGAAUUAGUGAAAAUAUAGUUUCUAAUAUUUUAGAUAUAGAAUCAUUUAAUUCCUAAUACAAUAUUGCUUUAAGUAGAGAUAAGUUAUUAGCAAUAAGUAAUAAAGAUAAUAUGAAUACUAUUAUUGAAUUUUAAUCACCAAAUAGCUGUGAAUUGAUUGCUAUACAAGAAGGUAAUAAAUAUAUUGUAACACUUUGUAAAUAUAACAAUGUUUAUCAUGUUUAUUUGACUGUAUGUGAUAAGGAUUUGAAAUGUAAAAAUAUUGAUACUCCUAAAGACAUAUUAGAAUUAAAUGGAGUUUAAAAGAUGAUAUUAAUACCUAACAAUUUAUUAUUGAUGCAAGAUUAUGGUAAAAUAUAUGUUUACAAUCUAAAUAUAAAUACAGAAUUAACUAUUUGGAGUAUAGGAUUAACAUAAAUAAUUGAUAAUGAUAAAGGUUUAACAGAUUUUGUGAUUCAAAAGUUAGCUUAAUCUAAUGAAGGAGAUAAUAUUAAUUAUUUUCUAACAUUUAUUGAUUAGGCUGAUCAUUUAAAUAUUUAUUAUACAGAAUAUAAAUAGAAUAAGCUUAAUAUUAUUUAAUCAAACAAUAUUUUUAUAUAUGAUUUGAUUAAGAAGAACAAUCAAUAUGCAUUUAAAACAACAGAUUAUAUAUAACUGUUUGCAACUGAAUAAAUAGUAGAGAAUUAAUUAAAUUAUAUUAUUAUUUCAAAUGAUGUUGCAUCUUUUAAAUUGUAAUUUGAUUUAGAUAAUACAAAAUAAGUAGUAAAUAGCAAAAUAAUAAAUGUAAUAAAUCCAUAUAAAAAUUGGAUAGCCUUAAAUAAAGGUUACAUGAUUGAUAAUUUACUUUUUAUUGCUUAUACAAAUAAGUAAGAUACAGUUUUAGCUAUGUAUGAAUUAAAUGAUAAAGUUUUUUCAAUUAAUAUGGCAUAUGGGUUAUAGGAUAAUGCAUUUCAAGUAAAAGAUGGAAUGUUUAUUGUAUAUGUAUGUAAUGAUGAUAAAAAUAAAAGAUUGUAUACAAAUUUAGUUGGAAAAGUGUUAAAUAGUUAUUAAUUAAGUUUAGAAAUAAGUUUAACAUUUGUAACACCGUCAAAAUUAAAGGAUAAAUAAUAAGUAAAAAUAUUGGCAAGUAAUGCUUACAUCAAAGAAGAAGAAUAAUUUAAUAUAAAUAGAGUAGAUAAUCCAUAACCUCCUCCUCCUCCUAAUCCUAAUGAUGAUGAUGAUGAGAGUAGUUCAAAGUAUUUAUAUAAUUUUAUUGUUUUAGUUGGUGGUGGAUAUUACUUAUUGUAUUAUUCGUAGUAGGAUUGAUAAUUGGUGGAGCUAUAUAUUAUAUGAAGAGAAAACAAGUUGGACUAUUUAAAGUUUAAGAGAAUCAAUAUAGUUUACAUAAUUAUUGA